GUGCAGUGCGUAGGCGGUUGUCGUAGACGUAACCCACCACGUGCUACGGGGUCUGUCUGCACGCGCACGGUUUUUAGUGCACCGAUUUUUUUGUAUCUCGCACAACACCACCACAACAGCCAGCCGCUCCCGUGUCGUCAUCGCCCAGUGUUUUGUUGUGCACAGCGUGUAUCUUUAAAGUGUUUUAGCAAACGGGGGGCAACAACUAGGAGGUUCUGUCUCAGAAAAUAAAAAGCCCGCAAACAGUGAACAACUCCUCAAUUUUCGUUUUGUUUUAUUGCUACAGACACACACACACAAAUACACCCCUCAAACAAAAGGCAACUACGUUAAGUUCAGCAAUUGAGUGCAGCAAAUAAUAAUAAAAAUUCCAGGUGCCCCCUCUAGUCGGUUGUGAAAGCGUGACCAAUACCCUAACGUAAUCUCUCCCACCCCUUCUAUCCACCGUGCCAUCUCUUCCCUUUUAUUUUAUUUUGGUGCGUGUUUGCCUUGAGGGCGAAAGUGUCGAAGGGUUUUUUUUUCUUUUUUGUUGUACGUGUGCCCAUCGUGAGUGAGUGAAUUGCCGUGAUACACAGACACACACACAAGCAUCAGUGUUGCAAAAGGUGGGAAAAUCGCACAAUUUACGCCUGCGGUGCGCUAAAGUGUCACCCCUCGAGUGCGUGCUUGUGUGGUGUGUGGCUAGGGUAGGGUGUGAGGCAAUGCCACGCAAGGUGCAGCAUAGUUUCGACGGAAAAACCACCACAACUAGUCUCCGGAGCAGCAGCAACAACGACAAUAACAACAGCACAACCAUUGCAAGGACACCGGCGAAACGAUACGGGGAAGCAUAAUGAGCUUUCGCUGGAAGUGAGUCGAGUUGUUUCUUUUUUUUUAUUCACCACGCACUAAAGUUCAGUCGCCCGAUUGCUACGGCACCAUUGGAAGCAGUGGGUUGGCUUCGUUUGCUGUUAUAAGGACAGAGAGCGGCAGUAGCAGCAGCAGCAGCAGCAAGGGAAGGAAAAGCCGAGGCAGGGUCUGUGAUUGCCAUUAUCAACAGUAACAAACGACGACAGCUACGACGGCGCGAUGGCGUCGUCGUUUGCUAAUUGCUCCUACGCGCCCGAUCCGAGCGCGGGCGACGCGAAUCCAUUCAACUACGGCGAGCGCAGCCUGCUGGACGAUCGUGACAAGCGUGGAGUAACGCGUGCAUCAAGCCUAGCCCUACCGAACCACUCACUGCUAGAUCUGCUCGAGCAGAAGCAAAAACUGUACGACACGAUCCACCUGACGCCACCGCCGAAAGGCAAUGGCACCCGGCGCCAUUCGUCCGACUCGUUCCCGAUGAUCGAGAACGAAAGCUUUCAAAUCCCGCAGCGGCAGAGCAAAAAAUCGUCCCAAGGUAUAGGGCCGGGGCCGCUGGUGCCACCGCCCGUACCGAAGCGCACCUUCCAGGGCAACUUCCCGCGCAAACCGCCCGACUCGUUCGAGGUACAGAAGCGGGCGUCCCUGCUCGCACUCGACAGCUACCAGCAGCAGCAACAACAGCUUCAGGCGCAGCAGCAACAGGUGCAGCAGCUACACCAGCAACUGCAGCAGCAGCUCCAGCAGCAGCAUCAGCAAGCGCAACCAUCGUACGCCCCGUUUGGCCGCUCCGAGCGGAUCUGCAAGUCCGCCUUCGAGGAUCAAACCUUCAGCUACUAUCCGGCGCCGAAAAGUGCAAAAAGCACCGGAGUCUCCGCUGGAGGUUCUGCUAGCGGUGGUGGUGGUGGUGUAGGUAGUAGCGGCACCUGCCACAGUGUCAGCGCGACCAGCUUCGACGAUCUCGGCGAGCCGGAUGACUUUGUGCUGUUCAGCAAGAAGAUGGCCUCGAUCGAGUCGAACCGUUCGUCGAGCGAUUCGAACAAAUCGCAAACCACCAUCGACACCGGGUACGUGUCGGCGAACGAAACCGACCGCUCCGUGCUGACCGGUGGCAGCUGCUCGUCCGCCAAGGGCGGCGGUGCGACCUCCUUUCGCAGCCGGUUCUCCUCCGAGGACACCCAGUCGUCGCUGGACAGCUUCCUCUCCUCCGAGCUGCACCGGACCGACACGAUCGAGUCGCUGCCGCUGAACGAUUCGCCCUUCAGCCUGAAGAAGAACGUGUUCAACUUCGAUCUGAAAACGUCCCCGCUGAUCCGGGGCAGCAGCACCGUCUCGCCGAACUCGAUCGACGAAAAGCUGGACAGCUGUUCGCCGCGCAGCAUCGAGAGCAAGGGCUCCCGCAAGCUGCCGACCGUGCCGACGCGCAAAGGGCCGGCCAGUGGGGUCGUGAUGCAGCCGAAGCUUCCACCGCCGGGUUCCGCCAGCGCGGGAGCGAACAGUCGCAUGACGCCGCCGCUACCACCGUCCCGCUCGCAGCAAGCGUUCGAAACGCGCAAACUGCAGAAGCUGCAGCAAGCGCAGCAGCAACAAACGCAGCUCAACAACGUGGCGUCGGCGCACAAGACGGCACUGGAAAGCUUGCAGGAGCUGUACAGCAGACCGCUCGGCAUCAGGCGCAACAUACAUCGGCCACCGCCGCUCAGCCAGCAGCAGAUGGUCAACGCAGCGGCAAAAGCGUCCCUGCUGGCCGGCCAGCGCCAAGACUCGAGCAUCUCGAGCGACAGCUUCUCCAUUACCUCAAGCCCGGGCUUUCAGAGCAAAGCGAUGGAGAGCUCACUGCUGCAACAACACACAUCCACCACCAACAGCAGCAAGUUCAACCGCUCGACCAUUCGCGGCAAGCCACCGAUGGACACGGCAACCGCGGUCGGCAUCGGUGGGACGAACGUUGCGCCGAACAACCUGACGGCGCUGAUGAAUUCAGCCGGAUCAACGCCGGGAGCGUCCGUCACGGCUGGCUCAACUUCCAUGUCGUCCGGUACCGGCAGUAACAUUCCCAAUGAAGGUUUGGCGGGAAUCGGUAUGUCCACUGGUACGAUUCGAUCCGUUCCGCCGCGAGUUAGCAUGCGGCAAGAUUCCAGCAUAUCCAGCGACAGCUUUAGUCAAACGUCCAGCCCUAGCUACAACUCGAAGAUCAUGGAGGCGCCGCUCCUAUCGCACGCCGCCAAGAUGCCCAAGGUGUCGAAACCGAUCGCGAAGAACCUGGACGAAAUCACGAAGGAAUCGCCAACGGACGUGAACGGGACGGCCGCCAUCAUUAAGAGUGCAUCGACACCGGCCAGCCUACAGACGAUCGUGCGGCUUUCCAACGGCUCAAACGUUAGUCUACAGCACAAGAAGUUCCAAAUUUUAAAAGCACGCAAAAACUCCAACCCGUACGUGACGAGCGGCCGGUUAAAGUUCCGCCUCUGCCAGAUAUUGCUGAACGCCGUCGGGCUGCUGGCCAUUGCCGGUGGACUCGCGGCCUACUUUAACGCCUACCCGACGAUCAAGUUUGUCAAUCAAACCAUCACCCGUACGGCGGUUCCAGCGUCCCAGCCCGGCAGUUCCGCAGUGGGCGGUGGUGGCGCUGUUUCCUCUGUCCCGGCGUCCGGUUCGGGCCAAUCUGCGGCUGGAUCACCAGGCCGGACAGCACUGGAUGUGGCCGGUGGUUUCCGUGGCGAUCGUAACCCAGCGCCCGGCGUUUGUCUGCCGGUGAUCGUAAAGUUCUGCCAGCAACAUCGCGUACCCUACAACUAUACCGUCUUUCCGAACUACAUUGGACAUUUUGGCCAGCCCGAGGCACAGAUCGAAAUUGAUCUCUUCGAAGCGCUGGUCGAUGUGCAGUGUUACGAGCUUGUUCCACUGUUCUUAUGCUCUCUGUUUGUGCCUAAAUGCGGUAAUUCCGGUGCAACCGUACCGCCAUGUAAAAGUUUGUGUACUGAAACAAUGCGUCGAUGCAGCUUCUUCUUCGACGUGUUCGGACUGGAGCUGCCGGAGUAUCUGCGCUGCUCGAUCUUCAACGAUGCCGUGUCGGACCAGGAGGAGUGCGUCGGGAUGGCCGAGUACAAGGAGUCGAUCAUACGGUCCCGCCGACCGAUGGCCUGCACUGGUUUUCUGUGUGACAAGCGGCGCUGCAUACCGAACGACUGGAAGUGUGACGGGCACGUCGACUGUCAGGAUCAAACGGAUGAGGCGCACUGUGACUUUUGCGGUGACGAUGCGAUCCACUGCGGCGAGGGGCAGUGCAUGAGCCAGAAGCACGUGUGCGACGGUACGCCCAACUGUCCGUACGGGCAGGACGAGCGAAACUGCAUUCGGCUCAGCGAGCGUAAUGGUGAUCUUGGCCGGGGUACGCUGGAGGUGUACAAAGCGGACCUUAAACAGUGGGCCCCGGCGUGCGUGAAAAACUGGGAUCCGGCCACCUCACCCACCAUGAUCUGCUCCCUACUGGGCUACAGCUCGGUCAACUCGAGCCGCACGGCAAUGCGCGGCUCGAACCGGACGCUCGUCAGCACCAAGGACGCCUCCUCCAUGUGGCGCAUGUACCAGAAGAAGGACGUCAACCUGAUCAAGGAGUUCAACAGCUGCGACAUCAACUCGCGCUACCCGGUCGCAGAGCUGACGUGUUCGAACUUUGAGUGUGGUAAGGUGAGGAACAGGAAGUACUUCAAGGCAACGAAACGCAUUGUCGGUGGAUCGACCUCCAACCCGGGCGACUGGCCGUUCAUAGCGGCCAUUCUCGGCGGACCAGAGGAGGUGUUCUACUGUGCCGGCGUACUAAUCGCCGACCAGUGGGUCCUAACCGCUUCGCACUGCAUCGGCAAUUCUCCCACUAGUCACACGAUGCGCAACGUCAACGACUGGACGAUACAGCUCGGCAUUACGCGGCGCCGCUCGCACACGUACUACGGACAGAAGGUGAAGGUGAAGACGGUCAUACCGCACCCGAUGUACAACCUGCACAUCCCGCACGACAAUGACAUUGCCCUGUUCCAGCUGGCCACCCGGGUAGCGUUUCACGAGCAUCUGCUUCCGGUUUGUUUGCCGCCACCGCACAUCCGGGAGCUGCCGACCGGCAUCAACUGUACUGUGGUUGGAUGGGGCAAGCGUGAGGAGCGUAACUCCACACCGAACGGCGCAUCGUACGAACCGACGCUCAACGAGGUGAACGUACCGAUCGUGAGCCGCGAACUGUGCAUCGACUGGCUAGAAACGUUCAACGUGACGGAGGGCAUGAUCUGUGCCGGCUACCAGGAAGGUGGCCGAGAUGCGUGUCAGGGCGAUUCCGGUGGUCCGCUGCUGUGUCCGUACCCGAACGAAAAGGACCGCUGGUUCGUGGGCGGUAUCGUGUCCUGGGGCGUGCGCUGUGCCCAUCCCAAGCUGCCCGGCGUCUACGCGAACGUGCCCAAGUUUAUACCGUGGAUUUUGGCGCAAAUCAACAACCACUCCGUGCUGCAGACUGACACGAUCGGGCGAUAAUUUCGGGCCACCGUGAAAGUGUGGAAGGAGAAGCCAACAGAGAUUGUUAGACUUGAAAGACGUGUAAGCCCGUGCGGCACUUGCGCUCACAGCAUUUGUUUGGAGUUAGUUAAACAGCAUGCUUAUGAAAAUGGGUCGAAUAUUUAUCCUCAACCCUAUACUAAAUCAAAGCCGUCGCUCUCAAACAAUCCCAAAAACACUGAAUGAUAAGGGCGAAAAAGUGGAAUUCCCUCCCACCUGUCCACCGAUGGGAACGCUUUCGCAGAGCAGGACGACAUCUGCCGGAAGCAAUGAAUCAUUCAUCGGCCUACGCGUUUUCAUUGAUCCCCUCGCCUCAUACAGACAGAUAAUCGACUAGACAUGGGACGGAUGUUUACCGUCAACCGUAUCUGUCAAUCAGUGUGUCAGGUGAAAACUGCCCGAGUUCAAACGGCACCCACAUAUCUAACCUGCUGUUCAAAUAGCUCUACAAAAGCGGUAGUGUUCAGUUUAGGCACACAAAACAAGAAGAAUAAUUCAAACACAAUAGUUUACUAGGCACAACCCACUAGGAGUCAAUUGAAGGUGAUAUGCAAUGCUGCAAAGCAAAAACAAACGAAAAGAAGAUAAAACCCAUUGACAAUAAUGGCUAAUGAGACAAUAACCCAUUUGUUCGUAAGUACAAUUUGCACACGUUAAACCAUUGCACCACCAAUCGGGAAGGGUUCGCGGGAAGAAGCUCCCAUACAACAUCCAAUUCCGAUGGGCCGAAUUGUGUGCCCCAGGCACAGGGCACAGUAAUCACGACAAUAAGCAACGCUAAACAGUAUGGCGCAGUAUCGGUGAUAGUAGGGAACUGGGGAUCCUUUUUUUAUUAGAAAGCAAGCAAAUCAGUUAAGAAGGCAGGGCAAACGAAGACAAUAAGAAGCAUCUGAGUCAAACUCGGAAUAAUAUUAGUCGCCAAAAACAAGACAUAGAAGUUGUUUGUUUUAGCAAGAGAGGGGUGAUAUCGUUGCAGCAUGAUAUGUUGCAGUAUUUGUGCAACCAGUGGUCGUCAGUAUUUGGUCUAUUUGGGAAGUUCAGUAAAGUCAAUGUUCGGUAUUAACUUGCUCAGCGUCGCGGUUACGAAUUUUGGAUGAGAUCAAAGACAUUACAGGGGUUUCCAGGAGUUCUCAUAUCUGUGGUCACUGUUUGACUCUUUCUUACUUGAAAUGAACUUAACGUAAUGGGAAUUGGACUCUACUGCAUCCUUGUUGCACAAACCCAAUAGGAAUUUCCAAAGAGCCUGUCCAAAACGGGUGCCGUAGAAUCCUAUUUCCGUAAUAUGAAGUUCAUUUCCGGUAAAGAAAGAGUCAAGGAAGUGUCCCACAACUAUGAGAACUCAAAAAAAAACCUUGUAAAAUUGUUUGCUUUCCUUUCGAUGUUUGCUUUGAGCGGUACAAUACGCGAUAAUAACGUGGAAGCUGGGCAGGAAUACUACUGCAAACUCCAACCGGUUGCAAAAAUAAGCAAAAGCCCCAAAAGUAGCAGCGAUGGAAAGCAGUUUUAUUCUAUACAAUCUACCACUAUGGGCAUUUAAAGCAUACCUUACAUAUAUAAUAUUGGUAGAUAUACAACAAAACCAACAUACAAAAUGGUAAAUUAUUACGAACCAGAACAAUAUUAUUAUCAUUAUUAAUAUUAUUUUUUAUUACAACGACUCCGUAUCACUCACACAAAUCAAAGCAUCAAUUAGCAUAUUUAUCGACUGUUGUUGAUAUUUGGAAGAGUUUUAAGAGACAUGGUUAGGGUUGGGCAGUGCUACAAAAACGUUGUUGGAAUAUUGUUGCGUUAGGAGUGGAAUGUAAAGCGGAAAACAAGGUAUGGAAAAGGUAAACGAUCUAACCAGAGGGCAAUCGCUUUUUAGGUGUUCUCCAUUCAGGUGUUUGACAGAGAUUCGAUUAUUUAUCAACCCACAAAGGCGCAAAGAGUGUUUGUUAUCUACCGCCAAACCCGUCUACCCAAUACCACGGCACGUGUAUUUUAAUGGACUGUUGGAGUGUGUGGUUGGAGUUGAGUUUAAUGCUAGAGAUGGUUUGCCGUUUUACUAAUAGAAAAUGUGGUGCAGAUGAGCUGCAGUAAGGAAUGUUUUUGAAAGGAUACAUUUUUACCCCCCAAAAAAAAGAAGUGGAAUAAAAUAACGCAUGACAAUAAGAAAGAGAUGAGACAAACACACAGCUAGCGCAAUGUAUCCAACCAUAUCGAGAUGAAUGUGUUGUAUUCACUGUGAAUUUUAAAAAGGAACAACGCACACAAAAAAGAGUUGCAACAAUCAAAUGCCAUUAAACGUUGUCUUGCAACACAGUUUUGCGUUUCAAUACAGUAAACUCGUCUAUUUACAAAUCUCGUGCUUGCAUUGUGUGCUGCUAAUUGUUACAGACAAUAAGUAGGAAUUUGUGUUUAUUUUUUGCUUCUUUUUCUGUUUCUGUCCCCGUUUACGUAGGAAGUAGAAUGAAUUUAAAAGGUGUACAAAUUUGAUACGUGCUAUUGCCACAUCACAAUUUAAAAAGGGUAGCAUGUUGGGUGCGUACUUUGUACGGCAGGAAUAUUAAAACAUAAAAGUUCUAUUUGUGUGUGUUUUUUGUAGGCAACAAUAUAACCAAAAAGGCUACACACAUACACGUGCGUUUCAAACGACGUGCCAACAGCGAGACAAUAAGCACAUUGCACAGUGGGUAAAUGAGGUUAUCGAGAAGCUAGGUAUGUCAGUGUGGAUACAUAUUUUUUAUAACUAAAAACACACACAUCCACAUAUCCACACAGACCGCAAGGACAAUAAACUCGAGUGACGAGUGGAAAACAGAAAGUAUUUAUGGAUAAAAUGCAUUUAUAAUCCUAUCCCCUACUAUCCCUUUAACAAAACUAGUAACGCUAAGAGAGAGAGAGAGAGAGAGAGAAAACGGAAAUCCCAGAAACACAUAAAACCCAGAAAAACAGAAACUACGGAGUUCAAGGAAGUUUGUGAAGAAGGCACGUUUAAUGAUGAACGUUAUUACAAUAGGAAUAUUGUCGCCUAGUGAUGAAGACUCGUUUUUUUUUACUCAAUAUACUCUCCCAACAAAACAAACACUGUUGUUCGUAUCAGAGCUAUUACUGAACAGCAAUGCCACAUAGUUGUGAAGGUGCGCCACGUGGUGUAAUAGUUGUGCUUUCCUUGGACAAGAAGCUUUUGUGGUAGGCAUGUGUAGCGGUAGUUGAUAGACGUCAGUGUAAUCUUCCACGGGUUGAUGGUAGGUUUGAUUCCCACACAAAUCAUCCCGUGUACGCUCAUGAAUUCAUGUAAAAACUGUGUGAUGCGUGUGUGCGCGUGUGUGAGUGUGUGUAUGUGUGUGUGUGUGAGGGGGCAAGGUGCGUAGAAUUAUGUACAAAUUUGAAUAAACCAUAUCCCUUAAGCUUUAGUGAAGGCUACACUUCAAACCAGGGCAGCAUAGUAUAUCGUGAGAGCACAGAAUGCCUAUUUCGAGAAAGAGAUGAUGCAAAGGGAGAAACAUUUAUAUCGAGUGAGGUACAAUACGCAAAAACCGACACACAAGUAGCCAUUAAACAACAACAACAAAAGACACACCGAAUGAUAGAACUUUAUCGUAAACUGUAACGUAAUGGGCAUUAGUCAACCAAAACGACGUCCGCAGGAGAAAUAAACACAUAAAGCUACAAUUAAAUGUGCUGUACAAGGAAAAAACAUCGCACCCAAUGGCAUAAGGGGUGGUAGUCAUAAAAGCCGAACGGUGAAAUGAAUUUGUGAGCAACACUGGCAAAGGGCAGAUGAGUGUAUGUGCAUGUGCUUCAAAGGCAUCCUCUUUAAUAUUAGCUCAGCUGCGAGUGUGGUCGCAGCACCAUGUCUCCCUGGUUUUAUAUACACAGAGUCACGACAACUAGAAUUAAAUCGAAUCAAACAACAAACGAGCGUCAUUGUAGCAGUGUUUAGGCAUAAAACAAUACUAAUGAGAACAGUUUAAAAACGAAUGAACAAAACAAAAAGAAACACACAAACAAUAAACUAUUUGUAGUUGACUAUACGAAUGAAAGGGAGGGGUGAAGGGUGAAAAAGAGAGCACAAAAGUGAAAGAGUGAUGAGAAAGGGUUAUGGUAAAGCAUUGCAUUAUUUCAAAAUAUACCUAUAAAUAUAUAUCAAAUAUCAUAUACAAUUCCUGGUAUAUAGGAAUAGAGCAACCUAUCUUAUGCAAACUACAUGGGAUGUACUAAGCUGCGCAUUAGUGGAUAAUGGAUAGUAGUGAAUAGUGUGUUGGUUUUUUGUUUUCGUUUACAAGAAUAAUACAUAUGUGGUUCAAUUUGUAGCAGUAGCAAUUUAUCCACUUUACCACCUCCAAACCCGGAACUGGUCAAUGUGAUGUUUUUUUAUUAAAAGCCACACAACACACACUUUUUGCCGCGUCAUUUAACCGGACACAAAUGUUUGGUUUUGUUGAAUGAGUACACAAGUACAGCAAGAGAUAUUAAUGUGCAAAUUUCAACUGCUUUCUACUUUGGUGGCCACUGAGGAAACGAUUACUAAUAAAAAAAACACAUUUUUUUAUUUAAAUUCAACACGGUUUAAACACAUGUAAGUAAUAGGCAACAACCGUUCUUAACACAGCUUUGUGUGCAUCUAAGCAUCUAAUCAUAGUGUCAAACUAUGAUGUAAGGGUAAAUGUUUGGACAGAUCAUACACCGAAACGCAUUACACUCACACAAGAUAGUACACCAUACAAAUAAAAACGUUAGAAAAUUAAGAAGGAUUUAUGGUUUUUCACAUUUUCUAUUUUUUUAAACAAAACAACAACAAACCCUGCUACAAAUACAACGCUAAUGUGUUCUUCGUGCUUCGUUAGUGAUGCAUGCCUGUUUGGUAGAGGGGGGUUUUUCUGUUGUAAGUGUACUUGUUGGUGCAUAGUACCAUACCUAGAGGGCGCCACACACGAGUGUGCAUUUAUUGCUUCAACGACUGUUUCAAGAAAAGUACUGUAGCGCAGGAGGAUGGAGAGGAUGAAUUUAAUCAAUUUAAAAGAAAAUAGAUAUAGCCCAACACAGCCAACCACUGAUCGAAUACACACACACACACACACACACACACACACACACACACACACACUAUGGAAUGGGAGGGCGAGAAACAUUAGAAGAAAACAAACAAAACUUAUAUGCGUGGGUUUCAGCUUUAAUAAAAACAACUAUGUCAUAGAGCAGUUUGUCAGUGAACAAAAGCCACAGCACCAGUAACCCGGUAAACUCGGGCUGGCUGAGCGUGAAGAAAGUGUACAUCGCCUGCCUGCAGACAGCACCAUUACAAUGCACCUACAGCAACAUACAAUAGUAACGUCACAAUGCAUGGAGGAAUUUAACUCUCCAACCAACAGUAACCAAUAGUAGAAGUAAGAGAUUUUACACUUAAGUUACUUUACUUCCCUGUAGGAGUUGCUUAUUUACAAGUUUAACAGGACUGUUUUUGUUGUAACAUUCUAGUACAUAUCAAGCUAAACCGCAACUGUUUAUUUGUAGGAUAAGCAUUCUAGAACAUUUUUUUUUUUGUUUUUUUUUGUGAAAGUCAAAAAUGUUUGUUUUUUCAACUCCAACAAGCAAACAAAUUCACACAAAAAUCCCAAACGAGCAUUGUGCAUAGAGGGAGAACACAACAUUUUUUGCUAACACGUAUAGAAAUAUUAAAGUAAAAGAUUAUAUAUAUGUAUAUGUAUAGUAGGAACUAUCACUACCACUUCCAUGUUCUAGCAGCAACUAGUAAAACAAACAACCUGUAAACACGCAAACACCCCCCGACACACAUACACCCUAACUAUUAUUCCUGCGAAUCAAAUAGAGAGAAAAGAAAAUGAUAGAUUUUAUGUAUUUCUUCAUAUACAGAGAGACAAGCAUAUCUUUUUAAUAAACAAACAAAAGAAAAGACAAGAUUGUAAAAUUUAAAAUUGAACCUAUACAUAUAUAAAUAUACUGCAGGGGUCGCUCGCGCGUAGAAGCAGGAACCCUUUCCUAGACGUUUCAUAGUGUAGCAGAAGCAGCAGCCGUAGGUGAUGGUUUUGUCCUCAUAUAACCGUGGCGCAUACAGCACAUUUAUACACACAUACAUAUAUCACUGUCCUAUAUUGGCCACAGUACUAGAUGACGCACUCGAGACAAAAUGUCGCAUAAAUAAAUAAAGUAAAAGGAUUCACCUAUAGAGGCAUAUUAUAUCUGUCAUACAGAGCCAUAGGAGAAGAAAGUAUUUCAGAGCAGGGUAAUCAGUUGUGGUGAACGCAGUCGUUACAGAGCAAACUUGCCCAAACUCUUUGCGUUGUGUUUUGAACGAGCAAGGUUUCGGUUUAAUUUUUUUAGCGAUGUCCGGCAUCGAAACCUGAAAAACCUUUUACGUCUAGGAGGGUGAAUGUAACUGUUAAAUAAGGCCUAGGUUUGUAACAGACAAGUGCAAACAAUUUUCCGUGUAUGGCUUAUCUGCACAAAAGCACAAAUACAGAACGCUAAAACAAAGUCAGUAGUAAGUUAAUUAUUUGUUGAUAAUAAAACACGCAGUCAAAAACGCACACAUAAAUUUAAUGUUAAGCAUAAACCCAUAUGAACUAUGUAAUGAAUACGCAACCAUGUUCGCCUCACAGUGAAACGAUCCAACCGGUCAACAGCUAAACAUAUGUGCUCAGUGUACAUAUUGUUGUGCUUUUUUUUUCAAACAGAACAAAUAGUAACAGCGGCCAUGUCAUCACUAAACCAACACAGUUAGCACUAUGUACUAGGCGCCUCCAUACGCACCGGAACGGCUGUAUUGCAGUUUACAGUUUUAACAGUUUUCUAGCACUCGCUUGCCUAGUAGAAACUAACCGUACAGUCGCCACGAAUAGCAAAACAUAACCGCAAUAUAAUACUUUACGUGUGAGCCGCAUCUUUUUCGUAUUACGUUGCAGUAUAAAUGCGCGAUUAAGUAAUUGUCCGCAUCAGAGUCCGUUGAUGCGGAAGGUACAGUAGCGUACGAAUUUGUAGCGAAAUCGAACUUUUCGAAUUAAAAAGGGGACAUAAUCAAGGUCAGUUAAGCAUCCUCGUGUUUCGUAAAGAUUGCUGUAGCUGUGAGAGUUGCGCGUGUGUUUGUACUUCUAUUGCAGGGUUUCCCAGACAGUUUGCAAUGUGAACAGCAUUACUCACUGUUUGUGAGAUGUUUCUCAACAACUGUCACAUAUUGAAUGAGCGACACAAAUAAUCAGCUCAUGCUAAACAAGUUAAACAAAACGCCUAUCAAAAAGAAUCCAAAUCAUGGCAUGUUGAAAAUCAUGUGGAAGAACUGAAACACUAUUGCAAAGCAAAUGAAACAAGUGAACAAUGCUGUUCACAUUGGAGCUCCGGAACUCCAGAAACGCAGUAUUUUUUUUUUUGUAAUGCAUUCCAAUGUAUUCACCACAGCACAGGUUUAAAAGUGUGCAACAAAAACUACCUAGCGGCUACAAACAAAGCAAAUUCAGUGUUCAAAAUUGUUCCCACAGCCGCCAGAGUUCGUGUAGCGAGACAGAAAUCGAGAGUAGUUGGCAGACAUUUUCAACCACCCAUCCGAGGAGUAAAGUGAAAAGGAUAUGAUGGUAACAUUAUGCAUGCAUCAUUUCCGUACUAUAUUUUGUUCUACGUUCAAUCCCAUAGUAUAUCAACAUCAGCUCGAUUAGUGUAGGGUGUUUGCUCUGAAAAAUGAAGCAUAAUAAGCUAAUAGAUGAUAUUAUCGUUUGUUUUUUUUUUAUUGUAUAAAAAUAACUUCGCUACCUAAUUCCGUUUAGAUGACAGAAGAAAAAAACCACAUACAGAGAAAUGUAGGAAAGGCCUCAAGCACAGAACAAUUAUGUUUCUCAUGUAUUUUGUAUGGUGUGUAAGUGGUUAUUCGACCCAUUGCUCGUAAAGUACCCGUGUCAAUUUUAGAAAAGUGGGAACGUUCCCUCUGCCCCGCGUGAGCGCCCCACAAUUCCCCGGCUGGACCCGGCAGAAGGAGGUGGAAGGAUAGGAAGAAAGAUACAGGAGGAUACAUACUAUUUUUUAAAAAGCAAAAAUUAUCACCACCGCCAUCGAAGCUACUCGUUUUUUAGAGCAAGCUCAGUAUGAAUGUUAGAGCUCAGCAGGUAUAGACAAUAAUCGAUGUACGCAGUCGCCGUUCCUAAGCAGCGCGGCCAGCAGGAAAGAGAAAGGGUUUGCGCCGACCAGCCGUGGAUGUAUGUGUGCGUGUGUGUGCGUGUGUUGGUGUGUGUGUGUGUCGGUGUGUGUAUCACUUCCCUACCUAGUGCAAGGCAUCUUAUGUACGAACCACGAAAGGUUUUCAACUUUAAACUAGACGAGUGAAAAGGACAAUAAUCAAUUACGAACUCAAUGCCGUUUACCUAUUUAAAAUAAAACAAAAAACCAAAAGAGAAGACAUGCACUGUUCAUGAGGUGUUUAGCUACAAUCAUUAAAAGACACACAUACAUACACACACGUAGAGCAACCAAUUUAAAAUCCCACGUUGCGUUGGUGAUGAUAAUGAUGGGUGGAAAAUGGGGAGCAGGAAGGCACGAUUGACGAUAAUGUAAGCAAAACAGGGACGGAAAUUUAUCCUCCAACCGAAGAGUGUGUAGUAGUUGCGUUAGUAGGCUCGGUCACAUUGGACCGGCAGAGUAGGCCGCUGUGCAAGAGUGUGUUGGUUUUACGCCACCGUAAUGUAACUAAAUAGAACGAUUAUAUACAUGCAUACAAAAUAUAUACACAUAUAUAGACACACACACACAUACACACACUCCUUCAUGUAAAACGUUGAGGGUAAAAGCUAAAUGUACAUGUGUGUGUGUGUGUGCGUGUGUUGCCAAAAUGAAUUCGCGAUAUGAGGGAGGCAAACCCUCUAAAUUAGUCCUUAACCACACUCCCCUCCUCCACUUCCAAAGGAGCGUGCGGGACAGUGCCGCACACUAUCACCCACCCACACACCCACACACACACACACACUCCAAAGAUCGCUGUAUACAACGUAAAAAAGAAAAACUUUAAAUCCCGCAACCAGAAAAUGCGAGUAACACACAAAUAUGAUGUAUUUAAAGUUAAAACAAACCAAAACAAACGCCAUCACCGUAAAAUGAAACAAACUAACUGAAAUAUGUGCAAUGACAAUAGACACGAAUCAAUUGAAAACCAGAAACUAAAGAAAAAUAAAAUUGUAGAACGCUUUUUAUGUAA